CGCUUGUUGCUCUUGUUGUUGCGUGCUCCUUACAAUUUCUAUGUUUUUAUUUCUAUGUUCAUAUUCACUUGUAUCAACUUUCCAUUUCCUAUUUGUUCCUGUGCCUUGUGCCAUGUGCCAGGUCAACCCAGUGAUGCGUUUGCUAAAAUCGAUAGUCGCCUGCGUGCGUGUCCAACUGGAAGCCAUUUUGCUGGACGGGAUCCUGGGGUACAUCAUGCGCCGCUUCCUGCGCUCGGCCAUGAUUGUCUUCAGUUGGUUUGUGGUGCCCUAUAGCCGCUACACCAACAUCAAGGUGAUACGGCGCAAGUUGCCGCCCAUACGCAGUCAUCUGCUGGAGAUACCUGCCGUCGAUCUAGCCAAGCUGAUUCGCAACAAAAAGAUUAAAAGCGAAGAAGUCGUUGAGGCGUAUAUCGAACGAUGUCGACAGGUAAAUCCGCUGAUCAAUGCGAUUGUCCAGGAUCGGUUUGAGGAGGCGCUGGAGGAGGCGCGCGAGAUAGACAAUGUGAUUGCCAUGGGCAUUAACAGCGUCGAGUCCAUGGAGGAGCAUACUCCGCUGCUGGGCAUCCCGGUCACGGUCAAGGAGAGCAUCGCCGUCAAGGGCUUGACCAACCAGGCGGGCCGUGUCUUCAAGACCCCGCAAAUUGCCAAGUCGGAUGCGCCCGUUGUGGAGCAGAUCAAACGUUGCGGCGGCAUCAUCUUGCUGGUGUCCAACACGCCGGAGCUGUGCCUGCUCUGGGAGACGUACAACAAUGUCACGGGCCAGACGAAGAAUCCCUACGAUCUGAAGCGCACACCGGGCGGCUCCUCGGGCGGCGAAGCGGCGCUGCUAGCGAGUGGCGCCUCCCUGCUGGGCCUCACCUCGGACAUUGGCGGCUCGUCGCGUUUGCCCGCCAUGUUCAGCGGCAUUUGGGGCCACAAGCCCACGCCGUAUGCGGUCUCUUUUCGCGGCCAUCAUCCGACCAGCGAUUUUCCCAAGUGGGGCGACUUCUUUACCAUUGCGCCCAUGACACGUUAUGCCAAGGACUUGCCGCUGCUGCUCAAGUGCAUGAGCGAUCCGACCGGGCCGAAGCUAACGCUCGACAAAGAGAUCAGUGCGAAUGGCAUCCGCUUCUUCUUCAUGGACAACGACGGUCCCUCGGGCAUGAUGCGUCCGCUCAGCCGGGACCUGCAUGCGGCCAUCAAUCGGGUGGCCAGCGACUUCAAUGCGAAGCGUGUCAAUAUUCGCAAGAUGAAGUGGUCUCUGGACAUCUCGCUGUCGGCCAUGUUGACCAUGAAGAACAUUGAGACCAUCUACCACAAGACCGAGGAGGGGGAACAGCCCAAGACCGUGUGCAAGGAGACGGUCAAGUAUUUCUUUGGCUGCUCGGACAGCAUACUGCCCUCGGUGAUCUUCGGUCAUCUGCAGAAUUUCAUGAAGAUCAUACCCAAUUCGCGGCACAAGCAUCUGGCCAGCAUCAUCGAAGCGCUCAAGACUGAAUUCAAGGAGCUGCUCGGCACAGACGGCGUCUUCCUCUAUCCCACAUUCCCCAAUACAGCGCACCAGCACUAUCAAAUCUAUCACAAGCUGCUGGAGCCGAUGUACAUGGCUAUCUUCAAUACGCUCGGCCUGCCCGUCACCAACUGCAUGAUUGGCCUGGAUCGUCGCAACUUGCCCAUGGGCAUACAGGUCGUUGCCAAUCCUGGCCAGGACCAUCUCUGUUUGGCCGUGGCGCGCGAAAUGGAGCGUCGCUACGGCGGCUGGGUGCGACCGCCCUCGGAGGACAGCCACAGCCACGCCCAGUCGAGCGGCAAGCGAGGUUGAGCUGCUGCCGCUUAGUUAAUUACAUCAUUUGGCAUCCACAUACAUCGAUAGUUGACUGUGUCGAGCAUGAUUGAAACCCAAAGAAAACUUCACAAAAUUUUCCGCUUCGUUUUUGAGUUGGGCCUUGCUUUAAUUGUAUUUUCAUUUCUAUUCACCCACAUAUAAGCAGAGACAAAGAAUCACAUCACACACACACUUUAGUUCGGAGCUCGGAGUUCGGAGUAUUAAAUUAUUGCCUUUGUAAUUGUCCAAAAUUCCUUGUUGUUGUAUGUAUGUAUAUAUUCUCCUAGAUCUUAAGCGCUAGAUGAUAGCUGUGUAUGUAUAAUAUCAUUUUUCUAGCUACUAUUUCGUAUUAAUAUAGCAUCUUCUCAUUGGGAUCUUAUCG